AUGGAUUACAUGCAGAGAUGGUUUAGUAACAUCAAGUACGUCUAUAAUUCUAUGAAUCCGGCCGUCUUAUCGGGUAUGCCACGGGCUUUUAAAUUGAGAGAACGUCGUGUAUUACUGUAGAUUUCAGGCCUCUCGUUUAGAUUACUGUAGACUAAUUUAGGGGCAAUAGACAUCGUGGUGAUCGAACAACCGGACUCUACCCUUAAAUGUUCUCCUUUUUACAUUCGUUUUGGGAUCUAUGGAGUAUUCAGCAGCACAGAAAAAGUACGUUACAAGUUCCAGCGUAAUGUUGUUAUAGUAUGUUGACAUCAAGAUUAAUAACAAAGACGUUGACAUUAAGAUGAAGCUGGGAGAAAAUGGCCUGGCCUACUUUCACGACGAUGACAUGCAAUCCCCAGAAGAAUUAGCCAACAUAGUAUGUUGCUAUCAACAAUCUCAGUUUUAUUUUUACAGUGCAAAGAGGAUCCAAAGAAAAGUGAAAAUCGGGAGAUUGUAACCGCGAUGAGGAAGUACUCCAGAAUAGAGCAGAGACUCUUAUCUGGGAUGGACGAGAACACAGAAAUCACACUCAGAAGGACCGAGAGUGACGGGGAAUCAACCAGUACCAGUGGAUUCUCAUCGUAAGAUGUAGAGCAUCAGAAAUUAAAAAAAUAAUUUCAGCGCGGGCAGUGAUGACGAGAAGCCGCUUUCUCCGAUCAUAGUAUCAAAAACCAGAUCAUUUCGGAUGACCGAUGAAAAAUUGCGAAAACUCAAUCUAAAAUACGGGAAAAACGAUGCCCGAUUCAGUAUUACGACCCGACUGCAAGGGACCACGGCCACUCAUUGCCACAUCUAUCUCUACAAAUGGAGUGACAAAAUUGUAGUCAGUGAUAUUGAUGGUACUAUCACAAAAUCCGAUGUUCUCGGGCAUAUUAUUCCUGCCAUUGGAGGUCAAUGGGCUCACACUGGAGUCACCGAACUCUACAGCGCAGUCAGGAACAACGGGUAAGGACAAUCUUGACUGAACAACAUCCCGUUAUAGCUACCAGAUUAUAUACCUGAGCUCUCGAGCCAUCGGCCAGUCCAGCCAAACCAAAGCCUACCUCCAAAGUGUGAUCCAAGGGAGCAAAACUCUUCCAGAUGGACCUGUUCUGAUCUCGUGCACUUCGUUGUUUAUGGCCUUCAAGAAGGAAGUAAUUGACCGUAAUCCCCAGGAGUUCAAGAUCGCCUGUUUGACAGAGGUCAAGGCCCUUUUCCCAGUCCAGGAUCCUUUAUAUGCUGGCUUCGGGAAUAGGGAGACAGAUGUCCAGUCAUACCAGGCGGUGGGGAUUCCAAAACAUCGGAUCAUCAUCAUCAAUCCUUCAGGUCUUGUUAGGACUGCCCUUGAGACGGGAUAUCAUUCUUCGUAUAUCGGGAUGGUAAAGGAUACUGUAGAUUAUAUAUUCCCUCCAUUGGCAACACACAACUGCAAAGAUGUGGAGCAAUUGGAAUUAAAAUCAAAGUUCUUUAAACCUAACUCUUACAGGUACGCUUGCAUGGGAAAUCAUAACUAAGCGUUUCAGUAAUCUGACUCACUGGAGAAAUCCGGAUGACAUUAGUAUCGAGGACAGAGAACUUCAGAAAUACGAACAAACUCGGAAAAAACACCAGAAGGAGAAUGCUCCAAAAGAAUUCAGGAGAAACAGGUUCUUCACUUCUUGA